GGCCGUGUGUGAGCGCAGCGUCCCCGGGAUGGCGGCGGGGGCGGCGCGGAGGGACCCCGGCUCCGGGGGCGAGCGGCGGAUCCUGUGCGUGGGGCUGGUCUGCCUGGACAUCAUCAGCGUGGUGGAGGCCUACCCGCCCGAGGACUCGGACACCAGGUGCCUGUCACAGCGGUGGCAGCGCGGCGGGAAUGCCUCCAACUCCUGCACGGUGCUGGCGCUGCUGGGAGCCCCCGUCUCCUUCAUGGGUUCGCUGGCCCCCGGCCACGCCGCCGAUUUCAUCGUGGCGGAUUUCCGACGCCGCGGCGUGGACGUGUCACACGUGGCUUGGCAGCCCCGCGGGGACGUGCCCUGCGCCUGCUGCGUGGUCAGCGCGGCCAGCGGCUCCCGCACCAUCGUGCUCUACGACACGAACCUGCCAGACGUGACGGCCCGUGACUUCGAGAAGGUUGACCUCUCCCGGUUCAAGUGGAUCCACUGGGAGGCCCGUAACGUGGCAGAGCAGGUGGAGAUGAUCCGGCGGGUGGAACGGCACAACCGUUCCCGCGGGGCGGCCGAGAGGGUCCGCAUCUCGGUGGAGGUGGAGAAGCCGCGACAGGAGCUGCUGGAGCUGCUGGGGCUGGGGGAAGUGGUUUUCAUCAGCAAGGACCUGGCCCAGCACUUUGGGUACAGCUCAGCCCCCGAGGCACUGCGGGGGCUGCGCAGCCGCGUCCAGCCGAGGGCCACGAUGAUCUGUGCUUGGGCCGAGGCUGGUGCUGAUGCCAUGGGGCCUGAUGGGGAGAUACUGCACUCGGAUGCCUUCCCCCCAGAGACCGUGGUGGACACGCUGGGGGCAGGGGACACCUUCAACGCUGCCGUCAUCUUCGCCCUCUCAGAAGGGAAGAGCCUGCAGGAGGCCCUGACCUUCGGCUGCCGGAUUGCGGGCAAGAAAUGUGGGAUCCAGGGCUUCGACGGCCUCGUCUGAGCUGGGCACUGAGUGGCCAGAGACCCCUCACCCCAGGGCAUACCCACCCCCCCUGCUGCACCCCGCACACCCCACCC